GUGUUUUUAACCCUAACUCUCCAUUCCCACCCCACACAAGCAGCCAAAGGAACCAGACAACACAAGUAACUUCAGACUGCCAUCAUCAGGCAAGAGGUAGAACAUGCAGCUCUUUCCAGAUGACACAAGACACAUCCAUCAUCCACUGGUGCUGCAGCAAUGGAUAUACUAGGGAUGGGAAGUUUAAAUGUAUAAACUCUACAAAGGUGGUUAAACGUUGAAUAAUAUGCUAGAUGUAUAACCGGUCACGUGACAAAUUUCACCAAACGCAUACUUUAUUUAUGUAUUCAUUUUAGUAAUUUAUCAUCAUAUACAGCAGUCCAUCGCGUAUCCAACUGCUGUGGUAAGGGUGGAAAUUAUAAAAGGGAAGGGGUUUGGCAAUUGCCUCCAAGUAGUUUUUAGAAUUGGUGCAAUAGAAAGAUUGACACUGGGGCUGGUUUUAUUCUCAACACGUCUGUUCAUGCUGUAGUGGGCAUGGUUCAGUCCACAUGGGGUAAGAAAAGUGUUUUUUUCUGCUGUAUUUUAAAUAGAAUUGCAUCUCUAAACAAAGGAACGAGGCAAAAGCACAUUUGAAGUUAUUUUGAGGAACUGGACAAGAGAACUGUGGACUGCCUUAUCCUGGUGAAAGCAAAGUUAGAAAGAUGGAGUCUGUUUACAUUAAACAGGAGGAGGUUCAGGAAUUGGUACCUGUCUGCAUUAAACAGGAGAUGCCUGAACUGGAGCCUGUCCACAUUAAAGAAGAGACUGAACUGGAGCCUGUCCAUAUUAAAGAAGAAGAGACUGAACUGGAGCCUGUCCACAUUAAAGAAGAGACUGAACUGGAGCCUGUCCACAUUAAAGAAGAGACUGAACUGGAGCCUGUCCACAUUAAAGAAGAGACUGAACUGGAGCCUGUCCACAUGAAAGAAGAGACUGAACUGGAUCCUGUCCACAUGAAAGAAGAGACUGAACUGGAGCCUGUCCACAUUAAAGAAGAGACUGAACUGGAGCCUGUCCACAUUAAAGAAGAGACUGAACUGGAGCCUGUCCACAUUAAAGAAGAGACUGAACUGGAGCCUGUCCACAUGAAAGAAGAGACUGAACUGGAUCCUGUCCACAUGAAAGAAGAGACUGAACUGGAGCCUGUCCACAUUAAAGAAGAGACUGAACUGGAGCCUGUCCACAUUAAAGAAGAGACUGAACUGGAGCCUGUCCACAUUAAAGAAGAGACUGAACUGGAGCCUGUCCACAUGAAAGAAGAGACUGAACUGGAUCCUGUCCACAUGAAAGAAGAGACUGAACUGGAGCCUGUCCACAUGAAAGAGGAAGAGACUGAAUUGCAGCCUUUCUACAUUGAACAGUCUGUUGAUUUGUUGUGUAAGGAUUCAGAAAACAUAUCCCGGCCAAAGAUAUCACAUCAUUGUUCUGAAUGUUGGAAGAGCUUCAGUCGAUUAGGAAACCUAAAAACACACCAGCGAAUUCACACUGGAGAGGCGCUGCAUCACUGUCCUAAAUAUGGGGAGAGUUUCAGUCAGUUAGGAAACCUAAAAACACAGCAGCGAAUUCACUCUGGAGAGAAGCCGUAUCACUGUUCUGAAUGUGGGAAGAGCUUCAGUGUGUUAGGAAGCCUAAAAACACACCAGCGAAUUCACACUGGAGAGAAGCCGUAUCACUGUACUGAAUGUUGGAAGAGCUUCAGUCAAUUAGGUCACCUAAAAACACACCAGCGAACUCACACUGGAGAGAAGCCGUAUCACUGUGUUGAAUGUGGGGACAGCUUCAGUCGGUUAGAAAACCUAAAAAGACACCAACGAAUUCAUACUGGAGAGAAGCCAUAUCACUGUUCUGAAUGUGGAAAGAACUUUAGUUGCUUAAAAAGCCUACAACUACACCAACGAAUUCACACUGGAGAGAAGCCAUAUUACUGUAAUGAAUGUGGGAAAAGCUUCACUGAAUCAGGACAACUAAAAACACACCAACGAAUUCACACUGGAGAGAAGCCGUAUCACUGUACUGAAUGUGGGGAGAGCUUCACUGAAUCAGGAACCCUAAAAACACACCAACGAAUUCACACUGGAGAGAAGCCAUAUCACUGUACCGAAUGUGGGGAGAGCUUCACUGAAUCAGGAACCCUAAAAGCACACCAGCGAAUUCACACUGGAGAGAAGCCAUAUCGCUGUACCGAAUGUGGGGAGAGAUUCAGACAGUCAAGCACCCUAAAACGACACCUGCAAAUUCACACUGAAGCCAGCCUCCCUCCCUCCCAGUCCCUCACCUCUCCACCCUACAUGUUUGAGUGUGUGGAGAGCUGACUAAUUCAUUCUCUCUCUCUCUCUCUCUCUCUCUCUCUCUCUCUCUCUCUCUCUCUCUCUCUCUCUCUCUCAUCCUGCAGUAAAUGAAGGGGGUCUCCAGGAGUGAGAGCCAGCCUGAAUCCAGAGACACUGAGAAGGGGAGCGUGUCAAACUGAAGAGACAGAUCCCUUCUUUCAGAGUGAACUGGAGAGCCCUGGGAUUCAGCUCCACUCCUGCCCCUGAAUUGGAAAUGAAUCUCACUCAUCAUGCUGUGAGGAUUUAUGACAGUUUCAGGGUCAUUCUACUUAGAAGGGACACAUUGGAAAUAUAUGCCAAGCUUUUUCUCUGAACACUAUAUAUGUUUGAUGCAACACAUUAAGCUGCCAGUAGCAUAUAUAAAGCUCUGGAUAUCAUUAAUUUUUUUUGUAUCUUGACUUUUCGUAGUUUUUUUGUGACUUUGUAGAACUAGCCGUGAUGUAUUAAAGUAAUUUUCAUUCCUGUAACUUCGUUUCAUCCUUUCUGCGGUAGUUUAAUUAUGAAUGUUUGUUUCAAACUACUUUUGUAUACAAAUGCUUACCCUUCAUGUAUUAUCAUUUUUUUCCUGAUUUAAGACUUCGGAUUGUGCCUGUUAUUUUACGCAUGCCUCCCACUGGUGUAGAUUCAACUCGUUGUUCAUAUGUAUGUGAAACUUCCUGUUUAAGAGUUUCAGGGCUUUGAGUUACUUUUAAAAUAAAGCACCUUAAAAUAUAAAAGAAAGCAAAAAAUGUGUUAAUAGUAUGUUAAAUAACAAUGGCAAUAAAUACAUUUGGUUUUCCUUUUAGAUCUUAAGGUGAUUUAUUAAUGAAGAGAAGCAUGUAAACAGAUCAUUGCAGAGUUCUUUAAUUAAACACAAACGGAAAUCUUUUCUUCUCAGUAAUUAAUGUAGUGCACAGACAACUGAAAUAUGCUAAAAGUAUUUACUUGCGUAGCCUACUGUAUACACUGUACUUUCCUUUUACACA